UAAAUCCAAAAUAAAUAAAAAUGUAACUGAUCAUUUUAUUUUUUCUUGUUUUUUUUGAAGGGGAGUAACUAAUGUUACUGAUCAUUUUCUUUUAUUGUAACAUAUCUCACUCUACCUAUAAAACCUCUUUACUACUCCAUUUCUUUAAAUUAAAAAAAAACCUAUUUACUAUUGAAACUGCAAAUAACUGCUGAACUACUGUUGAUCUUCAAUGGCGGAUCCGUUGCAGAUCUCUUUCGCCGGAAUAUUCGCCUGCAGCGCUUUCGCCGCCUGUUUGGCCGAGAUUUGUACCAUUCCUUUAGAUACUGCUAAAGUAAGGCUUCAGCUCCAAAAGAGAGUUCCUAUAGGGGACUCACCGGUCACACCAAAAUACAAGGGCUUGUUGGGUACAAUUACUACCAUAGCAAAAGAAGAAGGGUUCUUCGCACUUUGGAAUGGGGUGAUACCUGGUUUGCAUCGGCAAUGCCUUUAUGGAGGCUUACGAAUCGGACUGUAUGAGCCUGUGAAGGCAUUCAUUUCUGGAAGUCAUUCGGCAGAUGUUCCCUUAUUCUGUAAAAUACUAGCUGCUCUUCUGACUGGUGCUAUAGCAAUAACCGUUGCAAAUCCUACUGACCUUGUCAAAGUUCGGCUUCAAGCUGAGGGUAAAUUGCCGAUUGGAGUGGCAAGGCGUUAUAGUGGUGCUUUGCAGGCAUAUUAUGCCAUAGUCAAGCAGGAAGGAGUGGCAGCUUUGUGGACAGGGCUUGGGCCAAACAUUGCAAGAAAUGCAAUUAUAAAUGCUGCCGAAUUAGCUAGUUAUGAUCAAGUCAAAGAGACAAUUUUGAAAAUUCCAGGAUUCACAGACAAUGUUCUAACGCAUAUCUUAGCUGGUUUAGGUGCAGGAUUCUUUGCUGUCUGUAUUGGCUCCCCAAUUGAUGUGGUUAAAUCUAGAAUGAUGGGAGAUUCAGUCUAUAAAGGCACAAUAGAUUGCUUCUUCAAAACAUUAAAAACUGAGGGAUUAUUUGCCUUCUACAAGGGAUUCUUACCAAAUUUUGGUCGGCUUGGAUCGUGGAAUGUCAUCAUGUUUUUGACUCUCGAACAAGUGAAAAGAUUCUUCUUCUAUUGAUGAAGUUUUUGGCCCCGUUUCUUCUAUUGAUAAGUUUGAGUACGUAUUAUCACCACCACCUAUUCUUUUGUUUGUUCGGCAACGAGACAGUCAGAUUCCCCAUCUCGAAACUGGUAACAAAAGCUAUUCUAGAAGGUUCCUUUUUUCAGUAUCACAGCAGUUACAGAGUAUCAAAUAUACAUGCGAAUAAAAUGAUGCUUUUGUCAUGUGGAAUCGGCAUUCACAUCGAUGGACAACUUUGCUGACAAAUUAUGACUUUUGAAGCCAGAGGGAGUACAUCUCCACAGCUUAGAAUUGUUUGUGUUAAUAUAUAUAUGUACGAACCAUGUAAGAUUGUAACAAUAGAAUGUUUGUACUACUCAUUUUAUUCAUAUUAAUUAUACACCAAGAUUCUUCACCAUAACAUAGAAAAA